AGCUGCUUUGAGUGAAAGUGAAAAUCCAUUUUGCAACGAAAGGAUUGUAAAAGGUUUCAGGAGAAAAACGCAGUUUACAAGUGUAAUCUGAAGGAGACAUGACCUCCAAAAUGAGUGUUUCUGGGGAACAGGACACAAAGAAAGAUGAGAGUCUGAUUCAGGGUGAGGGAUCAGACUCACCUGAACCCAGCUGUGUGUCCAUGAAGAGUGACUGGUCAAUAGUGCGUCCAAUAGACUUUAUAGACUCAGAGUGUGCUACUGAUCAAAAAUCAUUAAAGAGAAAGAGAUCAGAAUCACCUGAACCCAGCCAUGUGUCCAUGAAGAGUGAUAGGUCAAAGACUCAUCCAAUAAAGUUUAGAGACAAAUACUGUGCUACUGAUCUGAGCCCACAGAAGAACAAAUCAAAAAUCACUGAGAAGAGUCAUUUGGAGGCCGUAUUCAAGGAUCUGGAGCACAAAGUCAUCACUGUGAUAAAGAAUGAGCUGAAGAGGUUUAAGAAACUCCUGAGUCCAGAUUACCCAGCAUGUUCUGAAAAGGAGGUGGAGGAUGAGGAAGAUCAGAGCAGUGUCAGAGACAGAGUGCUGAAGAUUACAUUGCACUUCCUGAAGAGCAUGAACCACACAGAUCUCGCUCACACACUGAAGAACAAACUCAUCCUUGUGUACCAGCAAAAACUCAAAUCCAAACUGAGAGAGAAGGUUAAAAGAGUUAAUGAAGGAAUCUCACAGCAUGGAAGCUCAGCACUUGUGAAUGAGAUCUACACAGAUCUCUACAUCACAGCGGGUUGGAGUGGAGACAUCAGUAAUGAACAUGAGAUGAGACAGAUUGAGGCAGCGUCCAGGAGACCAGCAACACAGGAGACACCCAUCAAAUGUAAUGAUCUCUUUAAAGACACAUCCAUCAGAAGUGUGCUGACUAAAGGAGUUGCUGGAAUUGGAAAAACAGUCUCUGUACAGAAGUUCAUUCUGGACUGGACUGAAGGAAAAGCUCAUUGGGACAUCACCUUCAUGUUUCCACUUCCCUUUAGAGAGCUGAAUCUGAUGAAGCAGGAAAAUCUCAGUCUGAUGAAUCUUCUUCAUCACUUUUUCCCAGAAAUGAAAGAACUGCAAUUAAUAGACUGUGAGAUCAACAAAGUCCUGUUCAUAUUUGAUGGUCUGGAUGAGUGUCGACUUCCUCUAAAUUUCCAGAACAAUGAGAGAGUGUGUGAUGUGACAGAAUCAGCCUCAGUGGACAUGCUGCUGACAAACCUCAUCAAGGGGAAUCUGCUUCCCUCUGCUCUCCUCUGGAUAACCUCUCGACCAGGAGCAGCCAAUCAGAUCCCUCCUGAGUGUGUAAACCAGGUAACAGAGGUACAAGGGUUCAGUGACCCUCAGAAAGAGGAGAACUUCAGGAAGAGGAUCAGUGACCAGAGCCUGGCCAAUGAAAUCAUCACACACAUGAAGUCUUCAAGAAGCCUCUACAUCAUGUGCCACAUCCCAGUCUUCUGCUGGAUCUCAGCCACUGUUCUCGAGAGAAUGUUGGGUGAAGCAGAGAGUGGAGAGAUCCCCAAGACUCUGACUCAAAUGUUCACACACUUCCUGAUCUUUCAGAUCAAACACAAGGACCAAAAGUACCAUCAGGAAUGUGACUCUGAUCCUCAGCAGAUCAAAAAGAGUAUCCUGGCACUGGGAAAACUGGCUUUCCAACAGCUGGAGAAAGGAAACCUAAUCUUCUAUGAGGAAGACCUGAGAGAUUGUGGCAUUGAUGUGAGAGAAGUGUCAGUGUACUCAGAAGUGUGUACCCAAAUCUUCAGAGAGGAGUUUGGGCUUCACCUGGGGAAGGUGUUCAGCUUUGUACAUCUGAGUGUUCAGGAGUUUCUGGCUGCUUUAUAUGUGUUUCUCUCCUUCCUCAGCAGAAGUGUAACAGAACAACAAACCACUGAUCUGUCUGAUCUUUUCAGCAAGUCAAACAUGUCUGAUUUCCUCAGGAGUGCAGUGGACAAGGCCUUACAGAGUGAGAAUGGACACCUAGACCUUUUCCUCCGCUUCCUUCUGGGUCUCUCGCUGGAGUCCAAUCAGACUCUCUUACGAGGCCUACUGCCCCAGACAGGAAGCAGAUCUCAUAGCAAACAGGAAACAGUCAAGUACAUCAAGGAGAAGAUCAAGGAGAAUCCAUCUCCAGAGAAAUCCAUCAAUCUGUUCCACUGUCUGAAUGAACUGAAUGAUCAUUCUCUAGUGCAGGAAGUACAACAUUACCUGAACAGAAGAGAUUUCAGUCGUCUCAGCGGAGUCAGACUCUCUCCUGCUCAGUGGUCAGCUCUGGUGUUUGUGUUAUUGAACUCAGAACAGGAGCUGGAUGUGUUUGAUUUGAGGAAAUAUGACCAAUCAGAGGAAUGUCUUCUGCAGCUGCUGCCAGUGGUCAAAGCCUCCAGAAAAGCUGAUCUGUGUUGGUGUAAUCUGACAGAGGAAAGCUGUAGAGUUCUGUCCUCAGUUCUCAGCUCAAACUCCUCCAGACUGAGAGAACUGGACCUGAGUAACAAUAACCUGCAGGAUUCAGGAGUGAAGCUGCUCUCUGCUGGACUGGAGAAUCCACAUUGUACACUGGAGACACUGAGGCUGUGGAAGUGUAAUCUGAGAGAGGAAAGCUGUAGAGUUCUGUCCUCAGUUCUCAGCUCAAACUCUUCCAGUCUGAGAGAACUGAACCUGAGUUACAAUAACCUGCAGGAUUCAGGAGUGAAGCUGCUCUCUGCUGGACUGGAAAAUCCACACUGUACACUGGAGAUACUGAGUCUGUGUCGGUGUAAUCUGACAGAGGAAAGCUGUAGAGUUCUGUCCUCAGUUCUCAGCUCAAACUCCUCCAGACUGAGAGAACUGGACCUGAGUCACAAUAACCUGCAGGAUUCAGGAGUGAAGCUGCUCUCUGCUGGACUGGAGAAUCCACACUGUACACUGGAGAUACUGAGGUUGUGUAACUGCAGGAUUACAGGUGAAGGUUGUGCUGCUCUGGUUUCAGCUCUGAGGUCAAAUCCCUCAUCACACCUGAGAGAACUGGGUCUGAACUACAAUAAUCCAGGAGAAUCAGGAGUGAAGCUGCUCUCUGAUCUACUGAAGGAUCCACACUGUGCACUGGAGACACUACAUCUGUGUCGGUGUAAUCUGACAGAGGAAAGCUGUAGAGUUCUGUCCUCAGUUCUCAGCUCAAACUCCUCCAGACUGAGAGAACUGAACCUGAGUAACAAUAACCUGCAGGAUUCAGGAGUGAAGCUGCUCUCUGCUGGACUGGAGAAUCCACACUGUACACUGGAGAUAUUGAGGCUGGAACUCUCCAGUAUUACAGGUGAAGGUUGUGCUGCUCUGGUUUCAGCUCUGAGGUCAAAUCCGUCAUCACACCUGAGAGAACUGGAUCUGAACUACAAUAAACCAGGAGAAUCAGGAGUGAAGCUGCUCUCUGAUCUACUGAAGGAUCCACACUGUACACUGGAGAAACUACAGUUCAGGACUGUUUUAUAAUCUGAACAUUAACUGAAACUCUUGACGUGUAUCUGAAUGAUUUUAUAGAUUGUGCUGCUGCCACAUGAUUGGCUGAUUGGAUGCAUUAUGGACAGUUGUACAGGUGUUCCUAAUAAAGUGGGUAGCGAGUG